UGGAGAGAGGGCAGCAGCGAAAGGGUUAAAAGGAAUGAUCUGGGCUGCAGCUUUAAUGCGUCUCGUGUGGAGGGCACGAAACUGAGUUUGGUAGGAGGUUCUUUGUCUGGAGCAGCCUUGGCAGUAAACAGAGCUGUGAUCUCAGAGGCGAUGAGGCACCGGGAGCGCCGGGGGCUGCGGGCUCCGGCUCCGAGCGGCGGCCCUGGGGCAGCUCCGCGUGUCCCGGCAGGUGCUGCCACGGCCGAGGACGGAGCUGGAGUGAAGGUGCUCCUGUGAUGAGCCCCGAGCCCACCCUCUCCUCCUAGUGAGAGUUUCCUAGAGAGCAGAGGGAGCGGAGGAUGCGGAGGGGGCGAUGAGCGGUCCCAGGGAGGAUGGCCGCUGUCGCAGGGCCAUCAGCAUCCUCACCGAGCUGUGCCAGAAGAAAAGCCUGCCCAGCUUGGACCUGGACACCUGCAGGGAGUUCCUCCUGCUGCCUUCUGACCAGAGCCUGAUUAUCUCCGAGCCAGAGCUCUCCGUCAGCCUCCUUGCAGUGAUAGUCAUUGUGUGUGGCCUGGCCCUGGUGGCAGUGUUUGUGUUUCUCUUUUGGAAGCUCUGCUGGGUUCCCUGGAGGAACAAGGCCCUUUCCUCCCACCUGGCCGUGCUGCGGAGCGAGGCGGGCCACAAGGACAGCAUGGCAGACAAGCUCAAGGACACGGGGGCCAUCAGCUUCCUGGAGGCAGCUGUGAAGAUCAGCCACACCUCCCCGGACAUCCCUGCAGAGGUCCAGAUGUCCAUGAAGGAUCACAUCAUGCGGCGCACGCGGAUCCAGAGGCAAACCACGGAGCCAGCCUCUUCCACCAGGCACAUCUCCUUCAAGAGGCACCUGCCCCGGCAGAUGCACGUGUCCAGCAUGGACUACGGCCUGGAGCCGCCGGCCGUGGCCGAGCAGCCCACCAGCAUCGGCCGCAUCAAGCCCGAGCUCUACAAACAAAAGACCGUGGACACCGAGGACCCCAAGAAGGAGGCAGAGAAAACCUGUGGGAAAAUCAACUUCACUCUCAAGUACGACUACGAGAACGAGACGCUGACUGUCCGAAUUCUCAGGGCUUUUGACUUGCCAGCCAAAGACUUCUGCGGCAGCUCGGAUCCCUACGUGAAGAUCUACCUCCUGCCCGACCGCAAGCGCAAGUUCCAGACGCGAGUGCACAGGAAGACUCUGAACCCCACCUUCGACGAGUCCUUCCACUUCCCCGUGCCCCACGAGGAGCUGGCGAGCAGGAAGCUCCACCUGAGCGUCUUUGACUUUGACAGGUUCUCCAGGCACGACAUGAUUGGAGAAGUUAUCUUGGAGAACCUGUUCGAGGACUCGGACCUCUCCCGGGAGACUUCCAUCUGGAGGGACAUUCAGUACGCCACGACGGAAAGCGUGGACCUGGGCGAGAUCAUGUUUUCCCUUUGUUAUUUGCCAACUGCAGGUCGCCUCACCUUAACAGUCAUUAAAUGCAGGAAUCUCAAAGCUAUGGACAUCACUGGUUACUCAGAUCCAUAUGUCAAAGUGUCUUUGCUCUGUGACGGGCGAAGACUGAAAAAGAAGAAAACCACCAUAAAGAAAAACACACUUAAUCCCACCUACAAUGAAGCAAUAAUCUUUGACAUUCCUCCCGAGAACAUGGAUCAAGUCAGCCUCCUUAUCUCUGUCAUGGAUUAUGAUCGGGUGGGCCACAACGAGAUCAUCGGGGUUUGCCGCGUGGGGGUCAACGCCGAGGGGCUGGGCAGAGACCACUGGAAUGAGAUGCUGGCCUACCCCCGCAAGCCCAUUGCCCACUGGCACCCGCUGGUGGAGGUGAAGAAAUCCUUCAAAGAGUGGCACGGCCGGGCAGCGAGCUUUGACAGCCAGGGCUCCUGUCCCUCCCCCAAACCACCCCCCACACCAUGAUCCGGAGCAGGGACAGCAAAAUGGGACUAAACCAAGUAAUUUUUGCACUUGGCCUUCAGUCUCAGUGGUUGCUGAGGGGCGGUGGCAGCAGCGGGACUUUCCGGUCUAGUUGUUCCUGCGUAAGUAAAGGUAGAAACCCGUUUUGUGGUCAAAUAUGUUUUUGUCUAAUAUGUCUCCCAAGGUGAUGUUAUUUUUGUGGCUUUUGCUGUACGGAUCUGUUUCCAGAGGGAGAAGGUGGACUGAGACAUGUGCUGGGAGUUUGGUCUGUAAAAUAAUGUGUAAAAUAGUUUUUAGUGUGUGCGAAGGCUGGAAAGGGGCGAGGAGGUGUCUGCAGAGAGCAGAGGUGGCCGGGACAGGGGACAGUGGCCACUGGAAAGCCGUGGCAGAAGAUGGAAGAGACUCUUCCAAGCCACCACCAGCUCCGUCCUCGUGGUCAGCCCCAGCCCUGCAGAGUGUCCCCGGGUUUCCUGUUCAUGUAGAGGUGUCCAUGAGCUCUUAGAAGUUUGUGCAGUGUGUACCCCAUAACUCUUUUUGUCAUAUAUAAAAACAAUGCUGUUGAUUCCUCAGGAGGGGAACCCUGAGGUUUUUUUCCCCUGUAUCUGAAAUCUCCCCAGAGCUAUUUGCAUGAACAGUUCCUUCAGCCCCCUUUGUAGCUGCUGCUCAUCCCCCAGGACAUCCCCACGUUAUCUGGAGUGGAGGGAACGGCGUGGCCACAGGUGGGAUUCAGAAAAAAGGGGAAAAUGUUACAGCAAUGGGUGACAGCCCUGCAUGACCACUGGGUCUCUAUUUCUUAUCUCAUCCAAGUAAUAAAAGGGUGACCCAAGGGGCAAAGGGAAAUACAGAAACAUGACUGAUGCUAAAAAAAGCUUCCAAACUUUUUUCUAAAGACUGUCAGCACUUUCUUAAAGAAUAAAGUUUCUCAGCCCAAGCCCUGAAGGAAGGUCAGGUUCUGGGAAAAAAAAACCCGAAGAUUUGCUGGUUCCUUGGCUGCAGAGGCCAAGAAUGAAGUUAGAAUAUCCCAAGCACUGGCUUUACAGCUAAAUCAGCUGAUCUUUAUCAGCCAGCUGUGGAUUUUGGACACUUUCUCAUCCUGGAUUUUUCUCUGAGUUAAGAAGUGUGUUAGUGCUGUUUAUUCCUCCCUAAUUAAAUUAGGCAAAAGCAAAUAUUUUGGUUUGGAGGUAGAAUUUGCGAGCGAGGCAGCCGGCUCUCCUCCCCUCAGGUUAGCAGGACUGUGUUCAUCAGCCACAAUCCUCAGAUCAACUUCAGUUUCCAUUUUCCCAAAUGUCACCACGUCACCCCUGGCUGCACAUCAGGGCUGGCACAGAGGGGUGUUUGCAUUGCUCCUGGGUGAGAUGAAUCCUUUGUUCAGUGAAGGGUAAAUACGUCAUUCCUCAUCACACCUUGUGUCUUAAUUCUCUUUAUGUGCCACAUGCUAUAGGAGCAGAAACUCAAUAAAAUUAUUUGAUUUGUAA